AUGACUGUCUGCCUAACAAUUUUUUUUUGUGCUCCACUUUUAAUUGUUGCACGUGUUUCCGUUGUCGUCGGUGGUGGUGGUGGUGGUGGUGGUGGUGGUGGUGGUGGUGGUGGUGGUGGUGGUGGUGGUGGUGGUGCUGCUGUUUGUGGUGGUAUUGGUGGUGUUGGUGCUGCUGUUUGUGGUGGUAUUGGUGGUGUUGGUGCUGCUGUUUGUGGUGGUAUUGGUGGUGUUGGUGCUGCUGUUUGUGGUGGUAUUGGUGGUGUUGGUGCUGCUGUUUGUGGUGGUAUUGGUGGUGUUGGUGCUGCUGUUUGUGGUGGUAUUGGUGGUGUUGGUGCUGCUGUUUGUGGUGGUAUUGGUGGUGUUGGUGCUGCUGUUUGUGGUGGUAUUGGUGGUGUUGGUGCUGCUGUUUGUGGUGGUAUUGGUGGUGUUGGUGCUGCUGUUUGUGGUGGUAUUGGUGGUGUUGGUGCUGCUGUUUGUGGUGGUAUUGGUGGUGUUGGUGCUGCUGUUUGUGGUGGUAUUGGUGGUGUUGGUGCUGCUGUUUGUGGUGGUAUUGGUGGUGUUGGUGCUGCUGUUUGUGGUGGUAUUGGUGGUGUUGGUGCUGCUGUUUGUGGUGGUAUUGGUGGUGUUGGUGCUGCUGUUUGUGGUGGUAUUGGUGGUGUUGGUGCUGCUGUUUGUGGUGGUAUUGGUGGUGUUGGUGCUGCUGUUUGUGGUGGUAUUGGUGGUGUUGGUGCUGCUGUUUGUGGUGGUAUUGGUGGUGUUGGUGCUGCUGUUUGUGGUGGUAUUGGUGGUGUUGGUGCUGCUGUUUGUGGUGGUAUUGGUGGUGUUGGUGCUGCUGUUUGUGGUGGUAUUGGUGGUGUUGGUGCUGCUGUUUGUGGUGGUAUUGGUGGUGUUGGUGCUGCUGUUUGUGGUGGUAUUGGUGGUGUUGGUGCUGCUGGUGUUGGAGCUAACAGUCACGACGAUAGAAAUCACCGGAAAAGAAGACAACUUCGUGGCACGAGAAGACAACAGGUAGCUGCUAAAUUGGUUGAUAGCAGGAUGCCUGCAGCUCUUUGGCGAAAUUAUGAAGCGAAAAAUAUGUCUUUCAGAGACAUGAUUCCUCCAAAUUUACCAAACGCUGAUGUCUUGAGAAAGGCUAAAGGAGAGGAAAGGGACAAACGAUUUGGUAUAACAACUAGUAAGCCUGUGAAAACCUGA